AUGAAAUUUUCAUCAAUUUUAUCAACAAUUGCAUUAAUUACAUCAACUGUAAUUGCGUAUGAAACUACAGGUAAUGAAGUUGUUGAUAUUGUUAUAGAUUAUUCUAUUAAAGAAAAUCCAGAAAUUUCAAAAAAUGAUGUUGCAACUUGGACAAAUGGUGAUGAAGUCACUUUAGAAUAUAUUUUAGAAAAUCAAGAAAAAUCAGAUAUUACAAUAAUUGGAGUUACUGGACAAUUUCAAAACCCAGUCACAAAUCAAAUUGUAACAAAUUUAACAACUGGUAAAAUUGGUCCAAUUACUGUUGCAUCUGGUGAAGCUGUUAAAUUUGAUCAAAAAAUUAAUGUUGAUUUAAUUGCAUCAAAUUAUGAGUUAAUUCCCCAAAUUUUCAUUGCUCAUGAAGAUUUAAUUAAAGUUAUUCCUUGUAGAGGUCAAUUAAUGCAAAUAUCAGAUAAAUCUAUUUCAUUAUUUGACCCAAGAUUAUUAUUUUUGGAAUUAGUUUUACUUGUUUCAUUUAUUGGUUUAGCUUAUGUUGUUUAUGAAAUUUGGGGUAAACAAUAUUUGAAAUUUAAUAAUUCAACAACUGUAAAAGUUAAAAAGACAGCAGCAAAACCAGCAGCAGUAUCACAGGGUUCAACUACUAGUGGAUAUGAUGUUAAUUGGAUUCCAGAAGGUCAUUUAAAGGCAAAGAAAUCAAAGAAAGUCAACUAA